AGUAUGUCAAAUUUCUGACAAUGACAAUAUGACCAGCCAUCUCGUUUCUAAUCUUGACGUAAAUUAAUUGACACAAAAAUUGUCAAAAUACCGUAUAAAAACAUAAUUGCCUUUUACUCCAUUGUUUCUUUUGUGUUUUUCCCGUGUUCCCCAGGUCAGCUAACUCUCCGUUUUUAUGAUCGGUCGUCGCGAGUCCGACCUAGUGCACACCUGUGCAAACAGUCCACGGUAGAUAUUAUCGUACAAUGCGAAUAUCAUAGUAGUGUGAGUGUAGUGAAGAGUGAAUUGCACCCUCCAUGCUAUAAUCUAUGGUACAAUGAGUGAGGAGAUCCAGCAGGAUGCGAGCAAGAAGGUCGCAUCCGGGAUCGAGGAGGCAGCCGCGCCGGACGCCGAUUGCGAGGGAGGGCAUGUGGAUGUGUCCACUAAUGUGUCACAAUCACAGCUCACACAGAUGACAGCAAGCUCAUUGCCCGCAACAGAGAACAGUAACAACGCUAAAUGGUCAUGUGAAGUCUGCACAUAUGAAAACUACCCUCUCUCCCGCAAGUGCACAAUGUGCCGCAGUGCGAAACCUCUGCUCAAUGAAGAUAUUUUUAAGCUACAAGACGGCGCCAGCGCGCUCCCUGUGCAGGAAGUGUGUGCAGGCGCGGACGUAGCCGAUCGUAUGAAAUCGCUGCGGAUAUCGUCCCCUCAGGGCCAGGCCAGCGCCUCUUCGGCUAACAAAUGGUCUUGUUCGGUGUGCACGUACGAGAACUGGCCGAAGGCGCUGAAGUGCGCGAUGUGUGGCGCCAGCGCCGCGCCGCUCGCCGACCACGCGCUGGGUAUAAAUGAAAUCUGCCCGGGGCAGACGCAGCCGAGUGAGGAGGCGCGGCGCUGCAAGCGGCGCGCCAAUAAUGUGGACUGGCUGUGGCUGCAGGCCUGUCUCGGCGUGGUGGAAGGCAGCGCCCACAGCGUGGAGCAGUACCUGGCAGCAGACGGAGACCCCGCGCGUGCGCUGUCUGCGCGUGAGGUGGCGCUGCUCGACCGCGCCUCCGCCUUCGACUGCGGCCACACGCUCGUGCAUCUCGCCAUACGGUUCCAAAGACAAGACAUCCUCUCCACGCUGCUGUCGCGGAUAUCGGGCGGCGGGCCCGGGCUCAAGAGGUCGCCAUCCUACGUCGCGCCGGACCUGGCGACUGCGAUCCGCCGCCACAUGGCCAGCUGUAUCCGCCACAAGAAGGGCAACUUCCCGUGUCGGUACAUCAACGAGUUCUGCACCUUCUCCUUGCCCGCAGAAAUAGAAGAGCUCCCAGCCGCGAUACAAGAGCAGCUGUUCUCGGAGCUGCUGGACCGCGACGCGCAGCACACGCUGGAGACAGAUCUGCCGCUCAUCAACUGGUCGCACGAGAUCACUCUCACACUCGGGUCGCGGCUGUACGCGCUGUGGAACCGGUCGGCGGGCGACUGCCUGCCCGACGCGCUGAGCCAGGCUGCGUACGGCGUCUUCGACCGCAACAACGCGCUGCGCGCUGCGCUCGCCGCCUCGCUGCACGACGCGCAGCGCAGCUUCUACGAGCGCUGGCAGGCGUGGGAGCGCUGGCAGGCGGCGCUGCUGCAGUACGCGCCGGAGGAGACGCAGCUGCGCGCGGAGUGGGCGCGGCUGACGGCGGCUGCAGCGCGGCCGGGCGCUGCGUUACAUCAGCUGCAUGUGUUCGCGCUCGCGCACGUGCUGCGUCGGCCCAUCCUCGUCUACGGGGUCGACAGGGUCGACUCCUUCCGGGGGGAGCCGCUGGGGUUCGCCAGGUUUCAAGGCAUCUACCUGCCGCUGCUGUGGGAGCCGUCGUUCUGCUCCAAGUCGCCGCUGUGUCUCGGCUACACGAGGGGCCACUUCUCCGCGCUCGUCUCCUUGGACUACCACAGACAUACAUACAUCUGCCGAGAACAACAAGAAGAGAACGAAGAAUGUAUAUUCCUGCCGCUGAGCGACUCUGACGGCAAACUGUUGCCUGUGCACUUUCUCACGUGUGAGGAGAUGGUGGACGCGGAGGGCGUGGUGCGGCGCUGGGUGUCCGCCUGCGUCACGCGCGGCGGCGUCUUGACCGCGCGGCUGCAGCUUGGUCCGCGGCCGCUGCUGCAGGCGCAGCUGCUGGAGGAGUGGCUCAACCACUACCGCCGACACGCCCAGCAAGUCCGCGGCCCUCAUCCGCCGCGGCUGCGCGCCGACCUCUCCAGCGACCCCGACACUGACAUCGACUGAUACACACACAUACAAUACUAUACAUACCUCACACUCACCACAUAAACCCAUGGCACAAUUGCUCCGUCGUGCUCCGCAGCGACGACAAACGUUGCCGCGUUGUUUCACGCGUGUUUUGACACUGACGUUCAAAGACGUACGUCAAAAUUCCAUUUUUGCAUUGAUCCGUCGACGGAAGUCAAUCCGCAACAGAGGACGACGGAUCAAUGUGGCCAGACCCUAACCGCAGGAUACCACUCAAGGUUUCACAUGAUGCAGGAUCAAUGCUUAGGAUCUAGGGUUCCAUAGUUGGCGCCACUGUCGAGCGAGGGCCUACUCACUAGCACUACGACAGCGCACAACACAAACGUUCAAAUUUGCCUUAGAAAUUAACCUCAUUCGACACCAACGCCUCUAGCGGUGAAUUCACUAGUAUUAACCCUCAAGAGCAAUCGUUACAAUAGUUAACGUCAUUCAAGAUCCCAAGAUCCCACGCCUUGUAUCAAGUUGAAAUAGAUUUAGCAUCAAAUUGGCAAUUUGGUCAACCGUUUAACAGUUAUGUGGAAACUAACCGCUCACCCGCCACAGAGGAUUUUGGGUGUUAUUCUAUAUAUGUUGACCCACAACUAACAAGUGCACAUACAACCAUACACUGUUUUACUACCACUAUAUCAUCUGACAAAAUAAUAAUUAUAACGCAAUAAAAAAUGUUCUUUUUAAGAAAAUGAUUGAAGAAACCUAUGAUAAAAUUCUCCAGUUCAAACUGUUGAGACUGAAGCAGCUAUAUUGUGAUACCAGCUUCGAGCUGCGAACGUUUGUUUUAAGAUAUUAAUUGAAAUCUCUUUAUAUUAACUUGUACCUGGGUGGGUUUACUCCCGGGCAUAGGUCGGGCGCAAACGUUUCCGUCCGGCGUAAACCCAGCUCUGCUGCGUACAUGAAGCUAUAGGUAAAACUGGAGACAAUACUCCCAAGAACUUUUUCAUCCAAAGUACAUGUAUUGCUAUCCCUUUCGUCAGUAGCCCAACCUCCCUUGCGCACUGAAAAGUAUAAAUAACAUAUUUUACCUAUGUAUAUAUCAUAAACCUAGUCGGGCUACCGAUCAAAGAGAUAGCAAUAUAAUUAUGUACCUUGCAUCAAAAAGUUCUGUGGAAACUCCAGUCAUAUUUAUAGCGUCAUGGCUGGAGCCUUAAGUUAAAUAACCCGACUGCCGAAAAAAUAUGUCCUAUGUUAUCAGAAACUGGAAUAUUCAUCGAUAUAUCACACGGCAGUACUUAUUUUUAUUACAUAAAUCAACCGUAACAAAUGUACAGGUACAUCCCCUCGUUUAGUAAUAUAAUAUAAUUUAUGUGUUAAAAUAUCUUGUCUUUUUCACGUUUGUUUUUUUGCGAAAGCCAUAAGCUGUUGAACCUUGUGGCUCGGUCAAAAUACAUUUUCAGCAAGCAUAGAGUCUUAUGCAGAUUUGCUACUGAAGUUUUUGGGUUGUAUAAUGUUUUAUUUUCCGUUUUCAAGACAAGACAAUGUUUUCAAAAUAAUAAAUCCUAGUUGUUAAGUAAGGCUCGCUCAUGCGUUUAGUUACAAUAGUGAAAUUACUAAUUAGUAUCACUAAUUGAAUCGCAAUAACGACGUUAAUCGGAUAGGAGCGUCACACAUCGCAUGCGUUUCCAAUGUUUUGACAUUGACAGCUAAAGGAUGUGGGCAUGGUGUGUGCAAUGUAACUAGAAAUAUUUUAGUUUAGAAAAUUCGCAUUUUGAUUGCUCUCAAAAUGCGUCUUGACCUCAGCCAAUCGCAUUAGAAAAAAUAUACUAUUUCAUCUAUGAAUUUACAAUGAUAUCGAUUUAUAAAACUUAGUUAUGAUUGGAGUGGUAAACAAAAAAAGGGAGGUAAUUUUGUACAAAAUUACAAUAGCACAUUAUGUGUCAAGUAGAUCUGAUGAACAUGAAUUAGUUUAGAUUUCUGUGAUGUCGCUCUAUUGAUAAAUAAAAAAAAGUUUAAGACAAUCUACACGGCCGAAGUCAGAGCUGGUCGCUAAUAUGUGUAGAAUUAAAUUCUCUAGCUGCCAAUGCUUAGCAAAUGUGCAAUAUUAACAAAUGUUUUGAAACAAUAGAUAAAAAUAAGUGUUAUUUUGGCUAGUCUAACACUAUGCACGAUUGUGUAUCGCUUGCUGAGUGUUUAAAAUUCUAAUGACAGCCUUAACUCAAACGCAAUAAGGUCCAAUCCGCUAGUUUGCGCUAGCAUAUUUUUAGUCGUAAUUUUUGUGUGUGUAUUUGGUUUCGCAUAGACAAUAAUUUGCCACGUGUCGCUAGAGUGAGUGAGUGUGUAUAGCCCUUUAGGUCGACUUAUAGCUAUAUAGGGUACAAUAUAUAAAUCUCUCACCAAGAUGUUGAUCAAUACACGAGCUAUUCGCGAUCUUUUUAAGGUACUAUAUCUACCUAAUAAAUAAUGAUAUUUUAAUGCAUUUUUACAGUACUCUUCAUCUCUGCUUAUUUACUUUUCAGUUGUGUUCGCUUUUCUUAUAAAAGUUUAUUUCUUUGCCUCUGAAGAUCGCGCGUAGUCUGACCAUACUCGCCGAUGUCACUAGUUGUUAAUUGCAAACAAGUGCAAAUGUUAUGCUGCCUUCUCACAUGACGCGCCACGUUUAAGCCUCGUUUACACUACGCAACUUUGAGCUCAUUUCCCACUCGGUGUAAUUUACACGACGUAUUCUUACACUUGUGACAAUAAAUGAGUAAGACCAUUGCUGACCGUUAAUAUUUUGUGUAAAUGAGGCUUUGAAAAAUGCAUUAGAGCUAUUAGUUAAAAAUAUGUGUCCAGGAGCUUUCUUGGAGAAACGGGGAGAUAGAUCCAGACAUGGUAUGUUUGGGGUUCAGCCUGUAGUCAUACAAAUUCAUCAUUGCACAUAGUUGUUAUAUAAUUAUAAAGAUCAUGUGAAACACAAACGCAUUAUAUUUUACUAACACACAUACAUGUCUGGAUAGUUAUAUAUUUCAACGGCAGUUGAUGGUGAAAACAAAAAAAAGUAAAACACUCAAAGAAAAUAUAAUAUUAAAUAGAGUCCAAGCUUAAUACGAUCACACAUUCUGUUUACAAGUUUACGUCCGACCGAAUUUCGUUCCAUUUCGACCAAUUUGCACUACGGGUUGUUUUCAAUUUUUCUAUCGAUAGACAUUUAUCAAUUUUUACAUUACUUGAGCGGUAUAACAAGCUUGGGCUCUACUGUAACAAACUGUGUAAAGCUAUAUAUAGAGACUACAAGAUUUUAUGAGUUACGUCACUGUACAGAGAGUAUAAGGUUAUAAUAUUUAUUAUAGUUUGGUUACAUGUAAAUAAUACUAAAUUGGUUUGCAAUUCUAGAUGUAUAGAUAUCCGCUUAGCGUAAAUAGACGACUUUCUCGCCUUCGUCUAAAGGUUUCAAAUUCGCAGUUCGCUGUAUGUUUAUAUUACGGAUUGCAAGUUCGGGGGGCAACUGUGUUUAUUUAAAAUAUUUGUUAAAAUCGCAAAACCACUAAAUACAUUGAUUGUUUUUCUGUUGACAUUAUUUUUUCACAAUAUUGUUAGUAUUCGUGUUAGUAAUAGUGUACGCAAUAGGCAUCAACAUCGAUGUCACUUUGGAAAAAUUGUAGAGAGUAGUAAGACAGCACGUCGCGACGCGUCUACUGCGGCCUCUAUUAAAACAGAAAAAAAAUUGAGACUCGUAAUUAUCUAAUCACCAAAGCACAGUUGCCUACGGGACUAAAAAAGACUUAUUACUGAAAUGUAAAGUUAAAUUGUGGAAAAGAUUCGUGUCAGGGACUCGCUAGGGAUUUAUUGAAUCGUUCAAAAGUUUGUUUACUGAUGUAAAUAGUGAUCCGUCAUAGCUACACUAUGAGACAGAUUCGUUUUAACCACGUUACAUUAAAAACUAUAUACUUAAAUACCUACUAAUUUUAAUCAAUAAAGCACUUAUUUUAUGAAGCUGUUC